GCAUUGUUACUUUUGUAUCGUUAUUGGAGAAUUUUAAUAUCAGAAAAUGUUGGAAAGAUUGAAGAUGGAAGAUUUGCUUGAUAGAGAUUGGCCCCGGGAAGGAUGGGAAAGUAAAGAACCCCUACCUCGUACUUGCCUAGGAUUAGCAGCUUCCUAGCUAGUCCCAGGUAAUGCUGCUACUGUAGCGGGUAGCUGAGCUCUUGCUUUCCCACUUUGCUAAGGCUGCCUUCCCAACCAAGUUCUCCACACGCCCCUCCCCCACCAUUAGCGCUUCCCUUACACUUGCACCACUUGCACCACUGACGCCAGAGUUCCAAAGAAAGCGCCCCCCCCUAGUCACUAAAAACGUAACUAGAGCUUCUCCAACGUCUAUCGUCACAAACUAUUACGGGUGCCUAUCUUAUUUUCUCCGGCGGUUUCUUCACUAAAGUCUACUUCCGUUCUUGCAGUUUACGAAAAUCUCUUUUUUUUCUUUUCCAUUUUCGCGACACUUUGAUACCCCUUGUAGACCUUUGACUGUCUUUUAUUCUUCUCUUUCUUCUCUUAUCCUCUAUUCUAUUGUGUUUAUUUCUUCCACUGUUUUACCCCGCCUAUCUUUCCGUAACCCACAUGCUAAUUCUGGAGUCCAGUAACAGCCGCCGAGCCUUCUCGCGCGAACGCCUCAAGCUUUGUCUGGAGCUCCACGAUUUCCACCAUUCCCGGCCCUGUCAGCAAGGUACAGAUGGAUCAGGAUUCGAGAUCACCCGAGCCGCGAGAACGAGCCGUCUCUUCUGAGCCCUGCUCAACUCGACCCAAUCCUUUUGACGACGGUGAUUCUUCUUCCCGAAAACGUCGUAGGACCUCCCUUUCUGGUUCUAGGAGCUCGUCAGUCGAAACAAUUCCAUCUCUGGGUGACGAAAAACCGUCUUCCGAUUCUAGCGUUAUGAGGGUCGACUCGCCAGAGCAACUUCCCCCGAGUACGCCGGCUCGUCCAGAGCCUACUGCCGAACCGGUAUCCAGUAAAGUCACGAUCAACCUCAGGAAUCUUGAUAGCCUUGAGAAUACGCCCUCUUCCCCCCCGUCCCCUACCCCUGCGCAAUCUCUCAAAGAUAACUUGAAAGCUAGUGUUGAAGAGCCAGAGGUGAAUAUGAUACAGAUACCCUCGACCGAAGAUGCGUCAUCAUCCGCAUCCGAGCUUGGUAGUCCAGAAGCGUCCAUAAUACCAAACGAGGAUGAUCCCAUACUCUACGGUGGGGGUUCCGCCUUAACAUCUCUGCCAGAGAGUAGAGUGGCGGAAUUCAGAGCUGCUAUGCUUGAUUUCCCAUAUCAUACCAGCGGGGAAUCUUACCACGAGACGGUUGUCCGCCUCGCAGAGUAUUUUCGACAACAAUCUUCUCACGUCGAUGAUGCCUUGCAUCUACUGAGCGAAUGGCUGAAUACGUACCUAUCAUACGCACAUAUUGAAUUAUACCCUAUGGUCAUAGAAGCAUACCAGGAAAAUAGAGACUUUUGGCAGACCCUGCCGGACCUGUUCUUUUCUAUAGGUCUUCGGCACGGCUCUUCAAAAUCGAACCAUACCCGAGACAUUGUUAGCCAAAUGUUCGCGCAGAUUGCUAGAUUAACUAGGUUCCUGAUCGUAGUUGACUGCCGAACGUUACUGCAACUUACCAAGGAGGAGGGUAGUGACUUUGACUUAAUAUCUCCAAACUUCCUUCGAUUAUUCGGCAACAUCACGAGUAAGGAAGAAAAUAAUCCCAUUACGAAUGGAUACAUAUCAGGGACUCACCCGGGUGUUUUGGAGCCGCUCGAUAUACUCCAGUCCAGGUGUGAUGGCCUACUAGCCUACCUACACCAAUUUACUGAGCUAAUCACCAGUAACCUCAUACGAUUUCCCAAGAAAGUAAUGGAUAACCUUGUCGGGGUCGCUUGGCUUACGGAGUGCCUCUUACGCGACAGCCAUCGAAAGCUGUCCCCUCCUAACUAUUAUUCUCCAGCAACACUUGAAUGCUCGAGAAAAAACAUGGUCUUCGGUCUCAAAUUCUUCGUGACAGUAUCGGAAGCCAUGGACAUAGUGAUCGAAAAGUUUAUCAACAAUUUAGGCUCCGAUACCGCUAUGAGUCUCAUUAACAGCCUGACUUCGAUUUUCAGGUCCAGUUUGUUCAGGUCCAAAUUGUUAGGCGAUAUCAUUGAGGCGGCACAAAUACUCGAGGACCACCGAGAAAUGCAUCCCGAUCUUCAAGAGAAAUUCAGACCAGAUGCUCUUUCAUUCGAAUGGCGAAUGCGCAUAUGCUGCAAGCUAGUGAAAUCCCGUCAAAUGCAACUCAGGGUCGCAGCAACCGCGCACCUAUGCGAAGACCUUGUUAUGCAGUGGAGGUCGUAUAUGGAACGACAGGACCCAGAAGAGGAAUACUUGGCUUACCUUCGAUAUUUAUCUAGGUAUCUGGUUAAAACCGGUAUUGUCGACUAUCUUCUUGGGCCAACGUGCCACCCAGAAAUCACCCAAACCAGCUUCAACAUAGUUGGAUUUCUAGCUGUCAAUAAAACUUACACAGCCGCCCAGACGGAACUACUUUGGCAAACUCUGACGUCAACGCAGGAUCCCAGAAUUUCCGAUGCCAUAGUCCGUAUGAUGUCCAAGGUGGUCGGUCUGCUUGAACCGGAUAGCCUCAUGUAUAUGUGUGAAAAAUUCUACAGUCUACCGAUAGAGUCUUUCUCUUCUUCCAUGCGCGAUCUUUUCGACCAGGUUACGAAGCAACUACAGGAGAAGAUGGUACCUUACCAAUUAGUUCCCCUUUCACCCUACAAAAUCUGUGUUCGGCUACUCCAGGAGUCAUCUAUCCUCGGGCCUCAAGGCUCUGUGUUAUACCCGGAAAUUCACAACUUUGCUCUGUCGAAGUUCGGUGCCUUAUUGCCCUCAGGUCCGGAUCCGGCAGGGCGCGAAAAUAUCUGGAUGAGUUGCGUGAAUGAUAUUGCGGCUAAGUCUCGAACAACUUCGGGAAGUCUCCAAGUACUAAGUACGCUUAUGGGUAAUACCCCAGCGCUACAGAUGUUGAUAACCGAUCACAACCUGACGCGGCUUCUGGUUGACGAACUCGAGUCUACAAUCGCAAAUGCGAAAGGCUCCGGAUUCGCUCCGGUAUAUGCGAGUCAGAUAGGCCAUGCCCGUAGAAGGAUUAUUUCUGCGAUUAUUGUGCAUUAUGGUUCUACCAUUGAUUCGGAGCUUGGUCGACGUCUCUGGGAUCUUUUGGUUGGGGAUGGUGCCGCGUGUCAGGAUGAUAGAAAAGCUGCCUGGGAUGAUUUAAACGGUGCACUUAAGAGGACACACCUGGACAACCCUUUCCUCAAUACCUGCUUGCGAGAGUAUUUACCUCAAUUGCCACCCAGCUGCUACUGCGCGGGCUCUCUCUCAUUCGUUCGAGAAGCUAUUAUUCCCCUUGCGAAUGAUGCCAACGGUAUGGCCCUUGAUGACGAAGAUAGCAUCAAGUCUUCUGGGUUAGAACUUCUUUGGCAGAUGAUUCUGACAGCUCCAUGUCACACCAUCGAAGAAACAGCCAUUUCUACCCUCGUUGACGACAUUUACGUUGACAGUAAGACUAUCUUAUCGUAUCCGCUUCACCGCGCAAGAAGGGUUCAUUUUGCUUUGGCGCAACGGUGCUUACAGCAGCUCAAAUGCGCAGCCCAAAGACUAAAGAGAUCUAGCGGUAGCAAAGUGAAUGGGCAUAGCGAGCCUGUGGUGACAGAACCUCCCAAGGAACAAUACGAGGAACACGAGUUACAAUUCACAAGAUCCCUACAGGUCCUUAUAGCACUCCUGAAAUCGCUGCAGACAAGACCCCAUUUUGCUGCGCCUGAUUUGCGGUCUCUCAUGCUACAGGCUCCUAGCCCGGUGGAUGGUGAAUUCGCAGACUUGAAAUAUCAAUCAUUUGACGGGGACGAUCAAACAGAGAUUAAAUCUCUGAAUAUCGGACUCAAAAAUACAGCAGCUUCACUACUCGCUAGUUUACGCGAAGCUACUGGGUUUGAUAAUUACCGUCUAUACUAUCGUGGACAACCUUUGGCGCCAUCAGAAAGCGCAAUAUGCAAAUCGAUCGAGGAGCUUGAUAUAAAAACCGGACUGAUCCUUGUUAAGAAAGAAACCGGUAUCACAACUUCUCCUCGACGCAUAAAACCAGGAGCUUCGCCACUUGACAUUGAGAUACUGAGCCACUUCAAGGACUUAUGGGAGUAUCUAAGCAUGGAGGAGAAGCUAGCCAAAGAGAUCUAUCACUUCCUCGUUUCACUCCCAGCUGACGAUUCAAUCCUGACGGCGUUUGAAGAUCCCGCGACUUCCUACCGAGAUGUCUUCCCGCUUGGACAGCCUUUCAAGUCGCUAUAUGCUCUACACGCGCUCCGUGAAUAUCUUAGCACUCGACGACUCAAGAGUAACGUGAUGCAAGUGUCUUCACAGGAUUGCGAGGCCCAUUUAAAAUCGGUAAACGACCAUCAGGAUGCUUCUGCCAAGGCAAUGUCCCUGGUCAUUGCAGCCAUUUGCGACUAUGAGGUUCUUGAGCGAGGUUCCAGCGAAGCUCUUAAGCUCAAGCUCAGUCUUGAGCUGGUGGACAAUUAUAUCCAUCUCUUAGAAGAAAUCAUUGAUGCCGAAACAAUCACACAGCUUCUAAGCCCAACCCUCUUGGAGAGGCUUUCAACAAUACUUAUAGUCGCUGCAUCUGCCCAAACGAACCAGGUCAGCAUCGAACUGAUUACACGAUCAUUUGAGGCCCUGCUUGAAUCCUGUAAAAAGAGUGAAGUGUUCUGGAAGGGGUUUCGAGAUCAGGUUGGAUUGCAAAAGAUGGUUCAGCGCCUUGUGCUUGAUGAUCCCCGCCCCAUUGUGAGGAAGAGCAUCGCUGGACUGAUUACUGCUAAGAGCCUCCAUGAACAACCUGUACCUGGCGCGCAGGCGUUGGAUUUCGCGGAAUUAUUCUGGCCCCUCAUAUUCCAGCUGGUACACCAAGCCGUUACGGAACCGAACAAAUGCGAAGAGACAUUUAGUCUCUCCUUUCAACUACUUCAUAAGCUCAAUAAGGAGAAGCCUGGGGUUGUUGACUUGCCAACUUGUCUCAGGCAGUGUGGGAAACUUCUGCUAUCACACACAACCACGGAGGACAUAGCCCAUCCAGAUAGGGACAUUGUGGCAUAUGGACUUAUCAUGAUAUUAAGUAUUGGUAUGGCGGAGGCAUCGGCCAGAAAGGAACGGGUACAAUUCGAUCCUACCUUCACAUCAGAACUAUUUUCUCGGCAUCUCUUUCCGCCCGAAGACGAAGGCAUGGAAUUAGUACCUAAGGUGAUCCUUAAUACACCUUCGCGAUCUAUACUUUACGAUAUCAUACUCGCCUUGGUCAAAGAUGAUGCAACAUUAUCUACCUGUUUACUUCGAGACUUGCAUAAUGUUACAUCAUUCCGCGUUACCGAAGAUGGUAUGGAUACGUACAGAUAUGAUCUGCCGCAGCUUUUCGAUAGGUCGAACGCCAUUAGAUCGUCAUGUGGGUACUCCGGGAUGCGAAACCUUUCGAAUACUUGCUACCUAAACUCGCUCUUUACGCAGCUCUUCAUGAACGUCGGGUUCCGCCGCUUCAUACUCGAGAGGCGAGUACGAAACCCGCUGACACACUCACUCCUUCAAGAGACCCAGGCACUAUUUGCGUUCCUACAAGAUAGUCGACGACGGUUUGUGGAGCCUGCAGGCUGUGUCGGUCAAAUCAUGACCUAUGAUGAGGCGCCUAUUGAUAUCCAUAAUCAGAUGGAUGUAGACGAAUUCUACAGUCUUCUCUUCGAUCGAUGGGAGGCGCAGCUACCUUUAGAUGCCGACAAGAAAAAAUUGAGGUCAUUCUAUGGCGGUGAGCUAGUCCAGCAAGUGAAAUCCAAGGAAUGUCAACAUAUUUCAGAACGCAUCGAGCCCUUCUCGGCGAUUCAGUGCGAUAUCAAGGGCAAAGCAGGUCUUGAGGAAAGUCUCCAAGCCUACGUGGACGGCGAAAUCAUGGAAGGAGACAAUAAAUAUAAGUGUUCCGAUUGUGACAGGCAUGUGGAUGCAGUCAAAAGAGCGUGCCUUAAGGACAUCCCCGAUAACUUGAUUUUUCACUUGAAAAGGUUCGACUUUAACCUUAGAACUCUAACGCGAAGCAAAAUCAACGACUAUUUCCCUUUCCCGAAUGAGAUAAAUAUGCAGCCCUAUACUAUCGAGCACUUAAGUGAUCCUUCCGGUAGCACCGAGCCGGACAUGUUCGAGCUGGUAGGGAUUCUCGUCCAUUCCGGGACUGCAGAGUCUGGCCAUUACUAUUCGUACAUCCGAGAGCGGCCCACUUCAAGCAGCAAGCCGUCUUGGGUUGAAUUCAACGACGAACUAGUCACAUCAUGGGAACCUUCGCAGAUGGAAAACGCUUGUUUUGGGGGACCAGACUACCGCCCACAAUUUGAGGCCGGCGCUGCCUACGAGAAGGUUUAUAGCGCUUAUAUGCUAUUCUACCAGCGUUCUACCUCGCUGCAGAAGGAGCAAGAAAUGCUCAAGGCGUCGGGUCAAGUUGGCCCUUUCCGGUGUAGCGUUCCAAGAAGUCUCCAGUCCCAAGUCAAGGAGGACAAUUGGUCAAUAGUCCAGCGGCAUUGCCUCUAUGAUCCGGCUCAUAUGCCUUUUGUGCACGAGGUGCUCACCCAUGUGUGGAGUACUCCGUGCUCGAAAGACCACCUAAGAGAAAAUCUAGCGAUGCAAACGGCUCUUGGUCAUCUAGACCAGAUCGCAUCCCGAGCUAAGGACUUACCGGAUUACGAUCAACUUAAACAUCUUUUGGUUAAGGCCUGUCAACGGUGUCCCACGUGCUGUUUAGCAUUUUUCGAUUAUUUCAACCAACACAAGGACGCUCUACGUAUGUUGCUACAGAGGAACUCAGACCUCGGCGUACGUCAGGAUAUAGGCAAGAUGCUCAUAUAUGUCCUUCUAUCCAUUAAAGCUAAAUUUCCAGAGGAGUAUGGCCUGCUCCAAGGUGACGUCGAUAUGGUAGUGCCUAGCAUGGUGGACCGACCUUUGACCAUAGUGGACAUGACUUUAGAUAUCUUCCUUUAUGUUUGGGAGACCUUCCACACGCGCCUUAAUUCCUGGCCAGAAUACUUUGGAACCAUGCUUGAGUUCGCCCGAAUGGGCCGCUACGAAACGUUGGCGCUUCUAGACAGAGAUUUCUUAGUUAGGCUGAUCAUGAUAAUCUCUGUCGACCAGGUUUUUGAUCUUCCUCCACAAUAUGCUAGGCUGCUUACUGUGGUAUCAAGGAGAUCCGCGAGGCCACCCAACUAUGAAAAGAUCAUUGCCCUUAUUAAUAAGCUCAUGGCGGCCAUAGACUCGGUGCCCAGCCAGACAAGGCACCUACAGGAGGCCCAUGGACGAUUAUUACUGGGUCUCCAGGGUGAACCGGUUACAUUCACGGUAGAAGAGUGCAACAUUCUACAUCGGGAUUGGAUUAGAGGCCAGGCCAAUGUUUUUACGGAGAAGCUCAUCUCUCUCAACCAGAAUCCCGAGGCCACCGACUCUAUCAUCAGGCGCCUCAUAAGCUUUGCCCCGGUGACAGAUUUCAAGGUAUUUACAACAUUGCGGCUUAAUAUCACCGGAGAAUUGGCUUCUCAUAUGGUAUCGCCCUUCCUCCGCGUUGCCGGAACGUACUGCCGCUACAGCACUAACUACGAGAACGUCCUUCGUCUGAUCAGCCAUGUAUCCAACCAAUGCAGAAACCUACAGAACGCAGAAGGCCGGGCCUUCCUUGAAUUCCAACAGGAUCUCUUCCAAGGCGUACGAAACACUGGCGAGACAAGCGAUAUAAUCCAGUUGCGUAAUUUGGAGAAUAUUCCAAGGUGGGCUCCAGGACUUCUCGGAUACAUCGACCAUUCAGUCAGUGAUGAUGUAGAGAACUUUUUAGAGGAGAAGUUGUUCAGGAACGGACCUUCAUCUGCGUUCGGGGAGAUGGACGGAGCGCUUGAAAUGCCGCGGGCAAUAAUUCUCGUAAUCGGACGUCUGGCUGUCUCCUGUCUAGAAUAUCUACGAGAUACGUAUGUCUCCCGUGCAGCGCAGGCAGCCAAGUAUACGGUGGAUCCUUUGGACCGAGUGCUUAAGAAGUGCGAGCCGUACUUCAGUCUCAACGAGGGGAUGGAUGAAAGCCUUCAGGUACAAUAUAUGGAACUCCGCCAAGUUGUCUUGGAACCGAUGGUUAGACUGACAGUUGAGGAGAUUGAAGAGGAUGGUUCCGGUAUGUGGAGCGAUUCUACCACCGCCACCGUAGACUAUGACUGACAAAGCCCAAGAAUGGGAGCAGUCGGUCGGCUCUUCGGAACAGAUGGAUAACUUGACAGAUCUCAGCAUGCAAAUCGACCGCGAUCUAGCAUGAGUAACCCAAUCUCAG